AUGGACGCCAACUUCCAGCCCCAGCUUGUCUUCGUGGACGGCUCGUUCAACGAGCUGGCCCAGGAGAUGGCUGACUAUGUCAACGUCGGUGCCGAGGUCAAACCCCUCAUCGAGAAGGACCAGCAGGAUGAGGUCCUCAAGAAGAUCAUCAUCGCUUCUACUGCCCUCAACUCCGUCCCCGAGCGCGAGUUCAGCGCCGCCUACAACCUGCUCGUCUACCUCGUCCUGCAGUCCAAGAACCCCAACAUGUUCUUGUCGAGAGUCUGCGACAACCUGUCCAAGCCCAUCACCACCUCGCCUCAGAACGGCCCCGGUCUGGCUCUUGGUGCUCUGACCAACAUCUUCAACAUGACCAAGCCCGACGACCAGACCCGGUACCACGUCUUCCUGGCCAUUGUCAAGUUCACCAUCAACAACGGCACGUUUGAGCAGCUCAAGAAGUACCUGCCCAAGCUCGAAAGCUGGGUGCAGCAGUGGGAUAUCGAUGAGGAGGACGAGCGAAAGCUUUACGAGCUGAUCUCCCAGGCUGCCUCGCAAGCUGGUGACGACAAGACUUCCUACGAGUACAUUCUCAAGGCUGUCCGCACCUUUGACGAUGAGGACAACAAGACCGAGGAGGCUCAGAAGCUCACCCUCCGCGCCGUCAAGUCCGCUCUCCUUUCUUCCACACAUUUCGAUUUCUCCGAUCUCCUGGCCAUCUCCGCCGUGUCUGCUCUCCAGGAGUCGCAACCCACCUGGUACGACCUGCUCAUGAUCUUUGCCGAGAAGGACUUGGAGGACUACAAGCAGUUUGACGAGGAGCACGCUGGUUUCCUCGAGAAGGAGAACCUCGACGCAGACAAGUUGAACCGCAAGAUGCGCCUGCUGACUUUUGCCUCGCUUGCCGCCGCCGAGUCCAAGAGCCGUGAGAUCCCCUACGCCAAGAUCUCCGAGGCUCUGUCGAUUCCCGAAGAGGAUAUUGAGCUGUGGACCAUUGACGUGAUCCGCGCUGGUCUGGUUGAGGGCAAGCUGUCCCAGCGCCAAAAGGUCUUCCUGGUUCACCGUGCUUGGUACCGUGUCUUUGGCGAGAAGCAGUGGCGCGAGCUUAGCGACCGCGUCGACGGCUGGGCCUCGACUCUCAAGGACGUUGCCCAGGCUCUCCGACGCGAGCAGGCCAACGUUGAGGCCGCCCGAAAGCGCGAGCAGGAGGAGAUUGAGAGGAAGCUGGCCGGUACCGGUCUCGAGGACAACAAGCCCCAGCGGGGCGGACGCAGAGGAAACGCAGGCGACAACCGACCGCCGCCCAAGCCCCGGACGGAUGACGACGACUAA